AUGCUUCCCGGACAACCUGUGACUGGCGAGCCCAAGGUGCGCGAGAGCACGUUUUUGCGCAUUGAUCCCAAGGAUGUGCUCACUGAGGAGCCGGAACAACAAAACAAAAUUCUUCGUGGGGAGCUGCGACGGGCGAUGAGCUUGCAAGGCACGCAGGUAGUUCCGACGUCCGGUUUUUUUGUGGCCAAGAACGGUGAGGUGGCGCCGAAGGACGUGCAUGCAAAGCCGGGCGAACGUCUGCUUGUGCACCUACACGGCGGGGCAUACUGGCUGGGCUCGGCGCAGGAACACUAUCCGUCUGCCAAGUUCUGCCGCUCGUUACUCGACCAACUCCAAGAUGAUGAGCGCAUGCCUCGUCGUGCGUUUCUGGUCGAGUACCGCCUCGCGAAGCACACCCGCUUCCAACAGGGCAGCUACCCCGCCGCUCUUCUCGACACGCUGAUUGCCUACUUGUACUUGGUGCGCUCGUGCGGCUUCCGUCCCGAGAAUAUCAUUUUAUCCGGCGACAGCUCUGGAGGCAAUUUGGCACUGGCCCUGUGCCGCUACUUACGCGACGAAAAGAUCGAGGCGAUGCCGCGCUCACUGAUGCUUCUAUCGCCUUGGUGCGAUGUGUCACGCUCACACAGCGGUCCACUCAAGUCUCCCAACCCUUUUUCUACGACGGUACUAAACCGGGAGUGCGACAUUAUUGAUGCAUCACAGCUGUACCGUAAUUCGGCGGUGUGUCCGCUGCUGGGCCGCCUCCCCGCCAGUGAAGCGUACACGAACCCUUACCUAUCGCCCGUAUCCCUGCAACUCGAUCCUCAAAAUCACGCGAGCAUGCCGCACUGGGGCUUUGAGGGCUUCCCACCACGCACUUUCAUUUGCACGGGCAGCGCGGAGCUGAACGGUGAGCAACACGUGACACUCGCCUACCGUAUGGCCGAAGGAACACUUCGUGGGCGGCCAGUGUACUCCGGCGACUCGCUCAUGGGCGACGAGGAAGCACAGGGCUGCACCUGGCGCGAAAAAUACCCCCGGUCGAGCGAGUGGCUGGCGUUACACGACGAAGUUGUGCGGAGCUCGCCCUCACCGCCUCAGGCCGUGUCGCCGCUCGAGGAUCGCGAGGUGGUGCUCGAUGGGGCUACCGACGGCAUUCAUAUCUACCCCAUACUCUCAUGGUUUGAGCCGGAGCGCAGCCAGGCGCUGGGCCGCAUGGCUGCGUGGAUGAAAGCGGCAGCCGACUAA